UUCUCGUUGUGGCUGCUGCUUCUUCUAUACUUGGUUUCUUCCAUUGUAUAUAAAUAUGCAUGUUUUGCUUUGUAUCCUUUGUUUUGCUCCCCAUACCUUCUCUCUCGCUUAGCCUCUCCCUUUUUAAUUCCAUUUUUUAUUGUUUUCACCUGCAAGUGUUAUUCUGAUAUGAUCUAGACCAGCUAGCACAUGGAGAUUUAUGCGUCUUUUUCUUCUUCUUUCGCUGUAUGGAUUUCUGCAAUUUCUUGUAGCUUGUUUUUGGCAAUCUCUGCAUUCAUAUUCGCAGUAGUUGGCACAACACUGGGAGCCAUUUCCGGAGCUCUGGUUGGAGUAAAAAGCAAGAGUAGCUUUCUUCAUGGCGCCACAAUUGGAACCAUUAUGGGGUGUGUGCUCUCUGCUGAGAUCUUUAAAGCGUCAUUUGCUUUCUGGGAUUCUGACGAUUAUGCUAUUGAGUGCUUCAUUUCUUUGAUUGAAAACGCUUCAAAUCGCCUAAAACAAACACUCUUACAACGAAGGCUUAGUCCUGCCAUCCAAGUUCUACAAGAAAGUCAGGGAGAUGCUGUCCAUAUAAUGCGCAAGGAGAUCCCCAGGAGGACACGGGAAAUUCCAAAGAUUAAACUGACUGAGGAAAACAUAGUGGAUACCCUAUGGAAUGGACCAUCCUGUUCCAUUUGUCUUCAGGACUUCCAGUUGGGGGAAACGGCUUGUAGCUUGCCCCAUUGCCACCACACCUUCCAUCUACCAUGUAUUGGCAAGUGGUUUAUGGGGCAUAGUUCUUGCCCAUUGUGUAGAACAAGAUUACCCAAAACUUGGAUCGCUGUGAUAUGUAAAAUGAGAAAAGAAAUACGAAAUGCAAGUUAGAACAGAAAUGGAAUGCAACGUGUAAGAAUUGAUUCUUUUAAAUCUUUAAUUGUCCAUUUUGUGAUUUAGAAAACAAUAUUCAUUAUUGAAUUUUUAACAAAAGGGCAAUAUUAUUAUUGGUUGAUGAA